GAGAUGGUGGACAGACUACACACCACGUGGAAAGUCAUACUCUUUAUGAUCAAAGAUGAUGUGAACGAAUGUGUCCAGGGAGGUUGUUUCUGACGGACCCUGUAAUGUAGCACCACUGGUCCCAUCUUGAGAGAGAAGGGAGUGCAAAGCGAACCGUCCAUAUUACCGCUGCUUUGUCAGCACUUUUUAAGGUGAUGGACCCUCCUGGUGGGGGAGACGAACGGCGGAGGCAGGCAGAGCGUCUUCGUCGGGAGGAGGCUUACUAUCACUUCAUAAAUGAUUUGAGUGAGGAGGAGUACCGCCUAAUGAGGGACAACAACCUGCUUGGCACCCCUGGGGAGGUGACUGCCGAGGAGCUUAGGCAGCGUCUUGAUGGAGCAAAAGAGCGCAUGUCUUCUCAGCCCCGUACUGAGCAGCGCUCGCAAACUGCUGGUUCUGGAGAACAGCAGGGCGGUAGCGGUGAGGGAGAGGAGAGAGGGGCUGACGGGAGACGAGGAGCAGGGGGCGCAGAGCCUGGAGCCGAACCAUCUAAUGGUGACUCAUUACUGGAGUGGCUGAACACGUUUAGACGCACUGGUAAUGCUACUCGCAGCGGGCAAAGUGGCAACCAAACAUGGCGUGCUGUCAGCCGGACCAACCCUAACAGUGGAGAGUUCCGCUUUAGCCUGGAGAUCAACAUUAACCAUGAUCAGCCAGAGCCGGGGGAGCAUAAUGACACUGUGGACGCUGCAGAGCUGCCAGUGACUGCCCCAAAUAUAACUUCACCCUCUAUACGCACUGCUUCCCAGUUCUCCAGCCCUCGCCCUUCAACCACGCCAAGGCCAGCCCCAUACCCCACCCCUCGCCCAGCCCUCAGUAGGAGGAUGCAGACACGGCGUACACGCAGCAGCACUACCACCCUUUCUAUGAGCCCCCCUGCACUUCUUGCACCCGUGGCCUCCCCACCUGCUGCUCAGAGGAGAAGUGCCACUUUGCACUCUUUGGCACCUCCUCCUACUGUUCCCAACCCUCCUCUUGAUCAAACGACACCUUCGCAACAUCAAGCCCUGAAUGCAGAAGUAGAGCAGGGCAGUGAUGAAAUGCCUGCUUCUUUAGACUGUCCCCGAGUGUCGCUGCAGUCUGGGUCUCAGGCCCCAGCAGUGGGACACGAAUCUCGUGGCAGGAGGACUCGAUCACGUGGGCGUGCACGCAGGGCUGCUGCGGGGGGUGGGGUUUCAUCCCGCUUGUCAAGGCGCAGCCGUUCCCCCUUGCACAGGAUACCUGUUGCCAGUACCACUCCACCAUCAAGUAGUGGUGUCAGUGGCUCUAGCAUCAACACUGUUGAGCCAGGCAGUGGCACAGGCUCUGUUUCCAUGGAGACCGUGGAGGCUGUGGCAGAACCUGCAGCUCUAACAGAGCCAGCUGUAGAGACGGGAGAACGCGAUACUGAAUCGCAUGUAGUAGGAGCAGGAAGUUCAGCGGUGCGACGGCACCCGACCAUCAUGUUAGACCUGCAGGUGAGAAGGAUCCGACCUGGUGAAAACCGCGACCGGGACAGCAUCGCCAGCAGAACGCGUUCUCGUGCCCGAGUUGCUGAGAAUACAGUCACCUUUGAAAGUGACAGUGGUGGAUUUAGACGCACCAUCUCCCGCUCGGAGCGAGCUGGUAUCCGCACCUAUGUGAGCACUAUCCGGAUUCCUCUGAGACGCAUCAGUGAGACGGGCCUAGGGGAGCCCAACUCCACCGCGCUGCGUUCAAUUUUGCGCCAGAUCAUGACCGGAUUUGGGGAGCUGAGCUCCCUAAUGGAGACAGAGGCUGAUUCUGAAACUGUUGCACCUAGCCACACAGAUGCUAAUGUUACAAAUAGUAGCACCAGCCCAGCGAGUCGUCUACAUACAAAUGAGACCGAAGCUGGCCAAGUUAGUACAGGUAGGGUAGAUCAGGAGAGGGUGGGACUGGUGGGAAGUGAGGAGGACCAGGUUGGGCAGGUUAGGCUUGGAGGAGGGGUAGUGACCACCACAGAGGGGCGAGCCACCAGCAGAGACACCAACAACCUGGUAGAAAAUGGUACUCUACCCAUUCUCCGGCUGGCACACUUCUUCUUGCUCAAUGAUGAGGAGGACGACGAACACCCUAGGGGCCUGACCAAAGAGCAGAUUGACAAUCUAUCCACUCGUACCUAUGGUCAAGCCAGCCUGGAGGGGGAGAUAGGUCGUGCAUGCAGUGUUUGCAUCAAUGAGUACGCCCAGGGCAACAAGCUGCGCCGCCUGCCCUGCUCCCAUGAAUUUCACAUCCACUGCAUCGACCGCUGGCUCUCUGAAAACAACACCUGCCCCAUCUGCAGGCAGCCCAUACUCGCAGUGCAUCAUGACUGACCUAUUUGCUCACAAACACAACUAUCAAGUUCCUGGCUGGCUGAACUGAGCAGACCCAAGUGGGCUUUGCAUGUACAUAGCGCUUUUCAUGGUUUCAUUUCUUUGAAAAUAUCCAUUGUGUUGAAGUUGAAGAAGGUUGAACCAAAAGUGCGGAAAAAAGAAACUAUAAAUGCAGAGAAUUUACAAAACUUUAUUUUUUUAGACUCUUUGUUUUCAGCAACUUAUUAAUGUUUUAUUUUCUUGUUCCUAUGGCCCGUUUCACUGGUCUCUGUCACAAAGCUUAAGAGGCCCAUGUCAAUGGAUGGCAUUAAUGCUUAAGGAGCUCCUGAAGUCGCUGCUGACUAGUCUCACUUUAACUCUUUAAUGUCUGGUACAUGUGACAUCUCCUUGUCACAACUGGUCCACACAAAUCACUUCUAGACUCGCUUUAGUCAGUAUAAGCUGUAAAUAACUCACCACUGCUUGUAUUUUUAUUGUUUUGACACAAGCGGCUCCCCACAUGCCAAUGGUUUAGAAUUGAAGCAGGAAAUAUAGGGUUUUUUUUGUAACAUUCAUCAUUUUAAAGCUUUGACAUCUAUUUUAAAGUGUCCCUCUGCAGUUGGUAAAGACAUGUAUGACUUAUUGGGAUGUGUAUGAUAUAUGUAUUUAAUUUUGAAAUAAGUUUUAUUCUGUAUGUCUAGUAAUAUUUGUUGAAGCUCUUUCCAUACAUACAUUUCCGUAUAAUUGCAAUACAGAAUUCAUCCAUAAAAGUCACCCACUAAAAUCAGCCACUUUGAAAUCAUAACCAUUACCCAUAUCAGCAGCACAAUUCUAAUGAAAUGCAGACGGCAUGUGAUAAUCAGGAAUUCAGAGAUGUAAUUUAGUAUGAGUUGUGCAAUACGGAGAGAAAUAACAGUAUUGGUUGUUUUGCUGUUCAUUGUUGUUUACAUUGUAAUGCCUGAUUAUCGAAACCAUUUAAAAAACAGUCUUGUUUACCCUGAAAUCAAAGUUUCCUCUUGGUUCCUGUUGCUAUUUCAAAACCAUACCUGUGUCACAAAGUUUCAUUAAGUACUAAGCCUGGUACAUCUGCUGAGCAAAAACCUAGAGCAAAGAUUUAAAGAAUAGAAAUAGAUUUGCUGGAGUUUUUACAGUUGUAAAAAACAACAACUCCAAAGUCAUCUUGAUGUUUGGAGCAUUGCUGCAGCUGUGACUCCACAACUACAAUUUCUGAGAAUCUGUUAACCACACAUCUCAAUUUAAUAAUUGUUUGUCACCGUGCAAUGGUUGCAAUGUAUUUCAGUUCCAGUACCAGUGUAACACUUGAAUGAGACAGUGUUGGUAAUAAGAUAUUCCUGUACUCGCUUUAUGGUUUUUCUUUACAUCACAUGCUCUGAUGUUGGCAUUUCUAGUGUAGCACAGGUGAAUUAUUAAACUUAACCACCCAGUCAGUGUGUGGGUACCAGGGUCACUUUGAACACCAUCAACAGUCCACAAGAGCUGCUCCAGCUCUGCAGUUGACAUGUCACUAAUACAACUGCAGUAAUGAAGCAGUGUAGUGUGUGUGUGUGUGAGAGAGAGUGGGUGAGUUUGUAUGGUUUAAUUGUGUGUGCAUGUAUGUUUGUGUGGGUGCUGAAGGAAAGGGUCCAGUGUCUCAGUAAACCAGGUUCUCAGAAGGCUUCUGUUCAACUUCUGUCCACCUUGGAGACAUGGAGAGGUGUUGUGGCAACUGAGCUCAGAAGUGAAUAUUUAUUCUGUUCCUAUUUAAUAAGAUGGAAAUCGACUUUUGAAAUAUGAAUAUGUAUUAUGUUCCAAUGUGAUGAGAGUAAACAGUUAAGAUAAAAUAUGUUACUAUGUAAUAAAUUGAAGACAUGGGUUUUCCUCUCUGCUCCUUAACAAUGGAAUAAAAUGCAGCUUUGCAAUGCCUGGAUAUGCGGAAUGCACGGUUUGUGUG